CGCUUCGCGUACAAAAACUUUAGAAGCAAGAUCCAUGAGAUGGCUGAAGAAAAGAAAUCGAAAAGUAUUCAUAUGAACUUCGGUAUUAAUCCUUGCGUUGCAUCGAGGCACCAUUGAGCUCAUUCAAUUAAAGAGACUGUGACUUUGAUUGAUCACGUCGAUGGAGCGUGUCCUCACGCUGCGAGGCUGUUAUAAGUAUUCAUCGAAGAAUAGUAAGGAGGUACUGUCUGGCUUUGAGUGAUCGCUUCGCUAUGGAAGUUUGGCCUUCUUCUCCAGAGCAGCUUCUCGUUGAGCGGACUCGAGAGCAUCCGCGCUUUCUGGAGCGUUACAAAUCUUUCCAGUCCUACGCCACCAAACGCCGAGAAGCCGAGGGAUGGUACUACGCUACUUGCACGCCAGGAAGCGAGGUGAAGCUCCUAGCACUGGACUGCGAAAUGGUUGAAUGCAUCGGCAACGAAGAGCAGAUCGUCCAGUUAUGCGUCGCGGACCGAGACUGUAAGAAGCUGGUGGACAUUCUUGUGAAACCCAGCCGACCAAUCGUCGAUUAUCGCACUCCUGUUCAUGGAAUCACAGCGCAAGACCUCAACAGAGCAGCCUACUGUACUCAGAAAGAUGCCCAGGAUAAGCUGGUAGAACUACUCACUCCUGGGACCAUCUUGGUUGGCCAUACGUUGUCCCAUGAUCUAGAAAUAUUGAAGAUCAGCUAUCCGCGGGUCAUUGAUGUUGGGCUGCUUUUCAAAACAAAUCGCGAGGCUACUGUUGGGCUCAAUGAUCUCUGCAAGAUUAUCUUGGGAUUUGAUAUGCGAGGCGAAGAUGGAAGGCACGAUUGCUUCCAGGAUACCGUUGCUGCAAUGAAGCUUGCGCUUCACGAACUUGUGCGUCCAACUCUUGGGGCUCUUGACCUGGCGGCGAUUAAUGAGAACAAACUUCUCAUUCACGGAAUUCCUGCGUCCAUCACUGCUGAUAACUUGAGUAACCUGUUUGCUAUAAAGUGCACAGUAAAGGUAGUAGCUUGA